AUGGCAAACGUUAUCUCUGGCAAGUUUAUCUUUAUAACUCUCGUUUUUCUUAUACACCAAUUCAAUGGAUGCUUUCCUAUGAUGUUGGGACGAAACUUGAAAAUAUCCGCUUUCAAUAUGAAAAUGUUUGGGGACAAGAAAAUGGAGCAAAGUGGCGCUAUCGAUAUUCUCGUAAAGAUCAUUACUCGAUAUGAUAUCACUAUCGUCCAAGAAAUAAGAGAUGUAGACGGUUCUUCAUUCAAAGAAUUGAUGGAACUAAUCAACAAUACGGAGUAUGAUAGCGCGUUGAGUGAGCGUCUGGGAAGAAGUCACAUCAAAGAAGAAUAUGGAAUUAUAUACAGGAAAGAUAGCGUCACUCUCGAAAGUACAUACCAGUAUCCAGACCCGAACUACACCUUUUUUGAGAGACCACCUUUUGCAUUUAAAGUUCGCCUGGCAGAAGCGGAUGAAUUAUACGUCCUUGGGAUUAUUGCUAUCCACACCAAGCCAAGAGACGCUGUUAGGGAGAUAGACAUGCUCGUCGAUGCAUACCAGAAGACCAGCGAUCAUUGGAAUGGGUUAAAGAAUAUCCUGAUCGCUGGAGACUUUAAUGCUGGGUGCAACUAUGUCACACCUAGUAAGAUGGAGACGAUUUUGCUCCGGACCGACCCACGGUUCACCUGGCUUAUCGUUGAUCAAGUUGACACUACAACUUCUGACACUGACUGUGCUUACGACAGAUUUGUGGCUGCUGGUGAUGAGCUCAAAGCUGCUAUAGUUCCAGGAAGUGCGCGUGCAUUCAGGUUUGACCAAGAGUACAAGCUGACAGAAAAUGAGACAAAGGCUGUCAGUGACCAUUAUCCCAUCGAAAUGGAUAUAAGAGGAAAGGUAAAACAAUCCGAACUUGCAAAGUUUCAUAGUGAAUUGACUAUGUCCUUUGAAGAUGACACACCGCACACAAAAAAGCAAGUUCGGCGGAUAACGAGAUCAGUUGAUUUUAAAAAAUAUGGUUUCACCAUUUCUUAUGAAAUCAGCAGCAACACCAAAACACAUGUUCUGGCUUCGCGGGAUCACCUGAAAAAAUCCGAUAUAUUGAACAUAGUAGAGAACCUCCGCAAAGACUCCUCACCUUUCAUCAGAGAAUCUGUGUUCGAGUUGAUAAAACUGUAUCUUAACUCGCCAUUCAUGGAAGGCGUUCGUGGGGCUCAUGGUUUCCUGGUUCCAUACAAACUACAGAGUUAUAAUUUCGUGAUAGCAUGUCAGUGGGAAGGAGACUGCACGUGUAGCUUUAGAUUAACAAGGCAUAUCGUGAAGAUCAACAGCUUUACCUAA